AUGACAGACCUCCUCCAAAUCCUACCCUCCUUCCCCCUUCGCCCUUUUGCCGCUCUGAUACCAACAAUUGAGCAACAGGCUCUCACAACAACAGAUCUUCUCACCCUUCAUCCCGCAGACAUAGCAAAGCAGACACGCCUCCCUAUCCUCGAUCUCAAGCGUCUUAUAGCUGCUAUACAAGCGUCUCUCUCUGACGAUCUCAGUCCACAGCAGCCUCUACUUCAACCGGCUGAAGACCCCACCGUCAUCAGUACUCUUGACGAGGGUCUGGAUGCUGCAUUAGGAGGGGGCGUGCCUGUUGGUGUGAUAACGGAAAUCACUGGUGAGAGCGGUGCUGGAAAGACACAAGCUCUUCUAUCAUUAUGUCUUGCUGUCCAACUUCCUCCGCCUCAUGGCCUGGGCCGUGAGGCUCUCUACAUCUCAACUGAGGCAGCUCUCGCCACAAGCCGUCUUGCCCAGAUGCUCAACUCAAACCCCAUUCUACAACAAUACGAUGAUCCUGAAACCCGCCCUUCACUUGAUGCUAUUCGCAGCGCAGUCACACCUGAUCUAGAGACACAAGAUCACAUCCUCGACUUUCAAGUCCCCGUACUUCUGUCGCGUCACAACAUAGGCCUCAUCAUUCUCGACUCAGUGGCCGCCAACUAUCGUGCUGAAUUCGAACGUCAGGGCUCUCACGGCUCUAAUAUGGCCGCUCGAAGUGCUGAACUCGUUCGUCUCGGUGCCCUUCUUCGCGAUCUAGCUCGACGGCAUAAUCUCGCUGUUGUUGUAGCCAACCAGGUCGCUGAUCGAUUCGCAUCCAGCUCUACACCACGACAUGCACCUCCUAGAAGCAGUGGCGUCGCUUAUGAGAGUCCCCUCGCUUCAAGGAGUAUGCCUCCCCCUUCAUCUACAAACCUUCCUGGCACUCCCUCGUCAUCAUUACCCUUUGCCUUACAAGAUCCCGAUGGUCCUCCGCCUCCACCCGCCCUAAUGCUUGAUCAUCAACAACGUUGGUUCACAGGCUGGGGCGAUGAUCCCCACGCUUCUUAUUCACUCAAGACCCCAAGCUUGGGCCUCGUGUGGUCAACGCAGAUUGCUUGUCGUAUUGCACUCUUCAAGCGGCCUGUCUAUGGCCGUAUAAGACAAGCUGCGCCAGUUACAGCAGAGGACGACUCUGACUUGGCAGCACCUACACUCAGAGGAUGGCGAAGGUGGAUGAAAGUUGUAUUUGCGCCCCACGCGCCUCCAACGGGCCAAGGCUUAGACGGGGCGGUCGAGUUCGAAGUUACUAUGGGAGGAUUAAGAUCAGUCAAGAUUCAAAAUGCCAAGAAGCAAUAA